UAGAGUUGUAGCUAGAGAAACAUGAACUGGUUCUGGGUUUUUUUCUGAAGUGUCUAAAUCCUCCUUACAGUAUAAUCUCCGAGGGUAAAUAAAUUAGCCUGGCGCAGAUCGAGACCGGAUCUUUAUGGAAAUAAAUCAUUUCAGGAAGCAGAGAACAUCCUCUUUUUUUUAGUUUAAAUAUGAGGAUAAUGACAGACCUUUUUUUUUCAUGGCUGUUAGAUUGAUAAAAUGAAUGUUCUAUUUUGAAGCAGGUGUAUUGUCUAUAUUUCUGGCCCACAGGGUUAACUGCAUGUUCUGUGAACAAUGGCGGCUGCUCUCAAGUGUGCCAGGUGAAUGCACACAAUCACAAUCAUGCUGAGUGUCGCUGCCAGCCUGGCUUCCUGCUGCUGGGGGACCAAAGGACAUGUCGAGAUCUGGACGAGUGUGUGGAGGGUCUUCAUGAGUGCCAGCAGGUCUGUGAAAACACCUUUGGCUCAUACAGGUGCAGCUGCAGGCUUGGAUUCCAGCUUUCAACCGACAGGAUGUCCUGCACCGAUGUGAACGAGUGUGUGCUGCCUGCUGGCUUGGCUCAUUGUGUGUUUGGCUGCGUUAACACACCAGGUAGUUUUUACUGUCUCUGUCCUGCUGGGUAUAGCACGAACGUCACAGACGGCCAUUGUGAAGAUACAGAUGAAUGCAUGGAGAACUCGGGUCUCGGACCAUGUGCGAACGCGUGUGUGAACACACCAGGUUCUUUCCACUGUGUCUGUUCAAACGGAUAUCAGCUCGCUGGGGAUGGGAUGAGCUGCGUUCCCGAGUGUCCACCAGGAUACCGCAGAAAACGUCCUGACCCGCUGGUAGGAAAUUCAACCUCGCUGCCGUGCGUCGAUAUUAACGAGUGUGAAGCGAUGGAGCAAAUGCAACAGCACCAGCAGCACAAGUGUGAAUGGAAGUGUGUUAACUUGCCAGGCACACACCGCUGCAUCUGUCCACGUGGAUACACACAGCAUCCAAAUGGAUACCAGUGCAAAGAUAUUAAUGAAUGUACAGUGAGGAAUGCUGGCUGCUCCCACAUUUGCCUGAACCACAGAGGUGGCUACAGAUGCGCUUGUCCUGAAAAUUACCGGGUCUCUUCUUACAGCAGGAAGAAAUGCCAGCCAGUUUAACCUAGACAACGGCAGUACCACUCUUUACCUACUCAACACCUUGUCAUGUACGUGUAAGAUAUUAAUUCACUCAUUUUCUACCGCUUAUCCGAACUCUCGGGUCACGGGGAGCCUGUGCCUAUCUCAGGCGUCUUUGGGCAUCAAUGCAGGAUACACCCUGGACAGAGUGCCAACCCAUCG